AUGGCCUGUCGAUAUAGAUUCAUUAGUCGUGAGCCUCCUCCUCCUUCCCCCCUCUCUCUCUCUCUGCCGCUACUGCUGCUGCUUAAGUACAGUUUCGCUACUAGUAUGGCGGCCUCUUAUGGAAUCUCCUUGUAUCUGCGAAAUCUCCUACAAUGUAGAAAUGCGGUUUGUAGUCGUUACUACGGGCACAUAUCGAAAAUAGCUUGUUUCACUUCUAGUGCUCGUAGUCUCGAUAUGACACAAGAGGAUGAAUUUAGAGUAUUUGAGAUUCCUGGCCUUAAGCCUAAAGAAGCGCAGCGAGCUAAGAAAAGGAGAAGAAAAGAGGUCCCACCUCCCCGGUACCAUAAAAUGAAAGUUACAGAUGACUGGACUAAUAUUUGGCCCUCAGCAUCAACUUUUAAGCAUUCAGCAAUUCCAUUUCCAGUCAGACAAGGAUUUAUCAAGAGGCUGAAUGAAAAUGAAGGCAUUCCUCCAGGUCGUUAUGCUAAUGCUGAACUGAUGAAGAUUCCUAAUUUUCUCCAUCUGACUCCUGCUCAUAUUAAAAAACAUUGUGAGGCCCUCAAGAAAUUUUGCACUGCUUGGCCUAAAGGACUUGAAACUAAUGAAAAAUGUGAGGAGCACUUUCCUUUAGAAGUAAUAUCCUCAGAUUACCUGAUGGCAGGACCGUCUUUACGAGAUUCCAGGGCAAAUCUAGUUACAUUCAAGGUAACCAGAGCAAAUAAACUUUCCCAUUACAUUGCUAAAAAUUUUUAG